UUAUUACCAGUAAAAAUUGAUACACCAAAUACCACUUUAUAUUGGCAAUUUACAUCCAAACCAAAGGAUAUAGUGUUCAGUGUAAAAUAUACAGCCAAUGAGCCUUCACCUCUAGGUGACUGUGAUAUCUUAGUUGAACCAUGUAAAUGUAAUUCACAUAUCCAAUCUGUAGAAGGAGAAUUAUUAGCUAAACAAUCAGGAAUUUAUACAUUGAUUUUUGAUAACACAUAUUCAAAGUAA